UGUGCAGCUGGUCGGGGGCGGGACUCCAAAGCGGAACGUGACUGUCUGAUUUUUUUUGUCCAGGUGAUCAUUAAUGUGACAGGAAGUGUAUAGUAUGGGUAGCGUUGAAUAUGGACUUUGCUAAUUGGUUUUCUUCCCAAAGUAUUCACCAGCUAAAAGGCCAGAAGCUGCGUCAUUUGACAGGACGGUUGGGACGCAGGCUAGUGCAAAACGUGACUAUUUUUGCGAUAACUGCUACACAAAAGUUCCAGCGGGGCUAAUAAACACCUCAGCGGCUAACAUUACAGGAGCGGUGGACAGGUGCAGCUCAUUAACUCUCCUCCUCCACUUCCCCCGGUAGCUUUUACCUCGACUGUUGCCACCGCUCCAUUUUGGAUUUACAAGCCAAACCAAGAUAAUAACCGCUUUAGUUAACCUAGCACUGCUACUGGGGGGAGGGGAUUCUUUAGGCCUACUACAUCAAAACUUUUCUUGACUGCCGCAUGAGAAAACUAGUUUUCCAUUCUCGCUGAGCACCAUGGGGCCAUGUUUACCUCACGGAAGGCCCAGUUAGUGCAGCUGGCCUUCGAGAGAGAAAGAGAGAACGAGAGAGAACUUCAAGAAGAGCACUAAUGACUAGAAAAAUGUUAUCUCAGCGCAGACACUCGCCGCCUUCAGCUAUUUUAAAGGACCAUUAUGUUCAGAAAAAGCUGCAGUCACUUGAGAUCCGCUUUCUUCCCGCCCUGGUUGUCUGUCUACUUGGCAUGCACUGCAAGUCUCUUGAGCACGGAACUGAAAUACGUGCGAGGGAUGCACAUGACGUCAGCCGGUCCACAGACCAUCCACAAGGCUGAGGGAGAGAGCGUGACUUUGGGCUGCAGUUACACACUGAGCCCUUUUGACACCGGCGAACUUGACAUCGAAUGGUCUAUGGUCAGUCCAGACACCACGCAGAAAGAUCAGAUGCUCUUAUCCCAUACCAGCGGCACUACAUACGUCCAUGGCAACCACGCUCUUGCAAAAGGGCUCAGCUUUGCUGCACCUGACCCCUCAUUGGGUGACGCUUCAAUCGCAAUCGCUCUGCUGUCACCUGCUCACAGUGCUACCUACCAGUGUAAAGUGAAGAAAUCACCUGGAGUGGACAUGCGCAAGGUGUCACUGGUGGUAUUGGCGAAGCCGUCAGUGCCUAAGUGCUGGGUGGAGGGAGGGGAGCUGGUUGGCGAGGCUGUGUCUCUGCACUGCAAGUCUGCAAAAGGCUCCACUCCCUUAAAAUACACAUGGAGGAGAGAAAGUGCCGGCCCCAUCCCUGCUACAGCCACACAGAACAGUGUGACUGGGGAGCUAAAAAUCAGCAACCACUCGCAGAGCUUUGCAGGAUUCUACCUUUGUGAGGUGAACAAUGCUGUUGGAGCCGAACACUGCAGGAUCAACCUGAAAGCAAACAAACCUCCGAACAGAGCAGGGGUGAUAGUCGGCACCAUUGUGGGUUCUCUCCUCCUCAUCUUCAUCCUGCUGGUCUUCACUGGGCUUCUAUACUGGAAGUUGAGCAUCAGACAUCGCUUUGAGAAGGAGUUCUCCAAUGACAUCAGGGAGGAUGCUCCGCCUCCUGAGAGCCGCCCAGUCAGUCGCGGUACGAGCCGGAGCGCCAGUCAGCACCCACAGGUUACUUACUGCCAGGUGGGCAGGACCGACAUAAGCUCUUUGAAUGAUGGACGCACACUCACUCCCUCCAGCAACAGCCAUGGACACACACCGGUCAAAUACACAGCAGUCGAAUAUGACAGCAAGUACGGAUACGCGGUGUGAUGAUCAACAACAGAGCUGAACUGAGAAUGUUUUUACUUUCAUUGUAAUGUUUCAAAAGAUGCUUCAGGGCAGUUCAGACACUUGAAACUUAAAAUCUGGAGCAGCAGGAGUCUUGGAUAGAGUCUAAUGAAUUCAUAGCUGUGCCAUGUGAUGAUUUAACUUCUUUUAAACAAGAUAAUGUAACAUUACCAUGUCAUUCAACAUGCAAGUGAAUGUCACUGUCUUUAAAGAAUCUUAAAAAUGUAUAAGUGUAGAUAAAUAAGACUUUUUUUUUCUGGAAGUUCUUAUUUUCUGUUUUAACUACACACAAAUAAACGUUUUCUAAUAUUUUCAA